AGUAGUGACAGUAUAUUUUUUGUAUUUGACCACAACUGCCAUUGGAAGGCCAGCAAUAGAGUAGAAGGUUGCGUUGCCCGCUGAGUUAGCGGUUGUUCUAGGAAGAAUAUAAAGGUCUUUGCGAGUCAGUUGGGGUUUUCUUGUGGUCUUGGUAGCUUAGUGGCCUUUUCGAGCGCUGCUCUGAGGAAAUUUGUGAUUUGGCGGCUUUAUCUUCACCUGUAUUGGUAGUGGCGACCAUUGUGUGUGCAUCCAGCAAUCAAUAUCGAAGGCCAUCUUUGGAGCUGAGCUGAUCUUUGAUUCGAUCAAUGCGAGGCUGUGCUAACCAGAAGCAAACGAUAUAUGCUGAGAGAUUCCUAAAGCCUGAGCGUGUCGUUUUGAAGUAACAGCCGGCUAGCUCUCUUCACUCUUGCUUUGUAGUGGUAAAAAAAUAUUGCUGUGCGGUUGUGCUAGAAAUGAGUCAUAACAUACCGCCGACCCAGCAUGGCCCACCGAGGAGCUCUCAUGGCCUUGCUUCUUCUAGCGGAAUGAACAUGACCACAUCGCCAGGGACAGCAGCGGGAAGAGUGGAUGGCCAGAGCUGCGCAGCGUCGUCACAUCGCUCUCCAGAUGAGCUCGAUAGUGGUGAGUUGCUCGCCACUGACAGCCCGAACAUAUACUGCUCUCCUCUACCAGAUCACUGGCGAGUCAACAAGUCUUUACCGCAAGCCUUCAAAGUUGUAUUACGAAGUGAAACACCGGACGGAGUAGAGGUGACGCUCAAGGCAGGCAACGACGAGAAUCCAGGCCCUGAGCUGCGCAACAAUAUCGCCGUCAUCCAAAAUAAUCAAGCGAGAUUUCACGAUUUGAGAUUUGUGGGCAGAUCGGGCAGAGGGAAGAAGUUCACGAUUACGAUAAUCGUGGGGACCAAGCCGGUGGUGCAGGUUGGCACCAUUCGCGAUGCAAUCAAGAUUACCGUUGACGGGCCCCGCGAACCACGCCGAAAAUCAACUUCCAAUCGAGAAGGAGGAGACGGGUUCAUGACUGGUGGGUACUAUGGCGUGUUUUCAAACAGCCAGUACCCCGACGACGGCGGCCUUGGGCUGCACACGUCCAACGGGCGCCAGGCGUUUCCGGUUGUGCAACCGCCACCACUGCGCCCCGUGUACUCAACAUCCGCAGCACAACACCAGAUGAGCAGCGGUGCAUUCGGCGCCAUUCAGCAGCCGGAGUCGGCCAGCAUGAGCAGCGGCACAUUCGCCACGCGUAUGCCCAGACACGAUGGUGCGCAGCGGCAGAGUCGCUCCCCGCCCACGGACGGCCAUUUCUCGGCGGCAAUCCUGAGUAAUGGUCACAUGCGGCGUCAUGGCUCACAGCUGUUGACCUCCCCUAAUGGCUCUGAAGACAUUCGCUUCGGCCAAGAAGGUAGCAACAUGCUUGGCUCAGCCACGGCUGGCCACUACGCGGUGUCAAAUUCGUCCCGGUCAAAUACGCCUAGUUACCCUACUUCGCCGCCGAACGAGGGCUCGAUCCUGAUGCGAGGUCAUCAUCGACUCAGUCAUGGCACGUCGGGGUCAGUGUCGGAUAUUCACCGAUCCACGCCCGGCGCCAGCAGCGUGUCCAUCGAUGGCCUGGCAAGCAUAACUAAUGAGAGUGCCGAGGACAGGACUGCGCAUAGCCUCACCAAUCACAGCGAAGUGGCCGAGCGUGGCUCGUCGAGCAACGCUGACAGCUUGGUUCAGUUUGCGGCUCCGGCGAGCCUGACCAACCACAGCGAACUCGCCGAGCAUGGGUCAUCCAGCAAUGCAGACAGCAUGUACUAUCAUCAUCAGCACGAUCACGACAAUGGCGGCAGUAUACACGUGUCCGCGUUUGCCCCCAGUAAUCACGUAAUGGUCACAAGCGCAGCAAGCGGUGAGCUAGUUGCACCUGCAAGCAUCGGCACAUUGCCUGCCGCCAGCACGGUGGCCAUGUCAGCAGCGCACACUCGCGCGUUCCCGUUGCCACCAGCUCUGCCCGAUGCCGCCACACGAGCGGCAAACCAGCUUGCCACUAACACCACCUUCCUUCAGCAUGGACUACCGUCGUCGCCUAUCAUCAUAUCACCGCUGCCUGUGCUGACCAUACCAAGGCCUGUAGCUAGCAGCCCUUUCCUAUACAAUGGACCAUUCUCGCCAAUGAUCCCUUACAGUUUGUCACCAAGUCGCCACACGGGUCAAUCGCCGGCCUUCGUAUUCCCGCCGUCUGUUAACCAUCAGCAGCUGGAGCAAUAAAUGGGGGUUGUAGAACUCGCAUGAAAAAAACCCUGUAUGUGCCUGAUGUCUACGUGUCCAAUAGGUCGUCCCUUGUUGGUCACGAGCACCAGGCGUGUUGUCAGUGUUGUGUACUUGGCGUUGCCUUUACUGUCUUUGUUGUUAGGCCGUCGGCAAACAAAGUACAAUUAAUUGUUCUACUGAAGUUUUUAACCCCCCCCCCCCUUCCGUGCGGCCUUGUUUGGUCGCACUUAGACUGUUGCAGCGUAAUGUGAACACUACACAUUGGAACUGCUUGUCUAAGUGGCUGGCAGUCAUUGUGCUAAUGACAACCGAACCCACGGAUCAGGUAGUUAGUUGCUGUAUUCGUAGUAGCUUGUAUGUCUCUCCCUGUCGUGUUAUUUGUCUUGACUGCCUGGUCGAACGAGCUGUUUCAGUUACAUGCAUAAUCAAGUUGAGACUUGAAAGUUUCUGCAUGAGCUAUCUGGUCGCUGCUCUAUUUUGCGUGUUUGUCUUGCCCUGUCUUGGUGCAGAUGGUGCUUUUCUAUUCUUCAGUUUGCUGAGUUGGUCUUCCCUAUGCUGAUUUGCUAGUCACGUCUCUUUGCUGA